GUCCCGUCGGGUCUCUUCAUCCCCAGCAUGGCGGUGGGAGCUAUCGCAGGCAGGCUGCUCGGGGUGGCCGUGGAGCAACUGGCCUUUUACCACCACGACUGGGCCAUCUUCAGCGGCUGGGGGGGGGCUGCCGAGUGCUCCCCUCCCGGCCUCUACGCGAUGGUGGGGGCCGCAGCCUGUCUGGGUGGGGUGACGCGCAUGACGGUGUCGCUGGUGGUCAUUAUGUUUGAGCUCACCGGUGGACUGGAGUACAUCGUUCCUCUGAUGGCAGCCGCCAUGACCAGCAAGUGGGUGGCUGACGCCAUUGGGCGGGAGGGCAUUUACGACGCCCACAUUCGCCUCAACGGAUACCCUUUCCUGGAAGCCAAGGAGGAGUUCUCACACAAGACGCUUGCGAUGGACGUAAUGAGGCCCCGGAGGAGCGACCCUCCGCUGACCGUCAUCACUCAGGACAGCAUGACUGUGGAAGAUGUUGAGACCAUCAUCAACGAAACCACGUACAGUGGCUACCCCGUGGUGGUGUCACGGGAGUCCCAGAGGCUUGUUGGGUUUGUCCUCAGGAGGGACCUCAUCAUCUCUAUCGAAAAUGCCCGGAAGAAGCAGGAUGGGAUUGUGAGCACUUCAGUUAUUUAUUUCACUGACCACUCUCCUCCGCUGCCUCCGAGCUCCCCUUCCAUGCUGAAACUCAGGAGCAUCCUGGACCUCAGUCCCUUCACCGUGACAGACCAAACGCCUAUGGAAAUCGUCGUGGAUAUAUUCCGCAAGCUGGGAUUGCGCCAGUGCCUGGUGACUCACAACGGGAAGCUGCUGGGGAUCAUCACCAAAAAGGACGUAUUAAAGCACAUUGCACAGCUGGCCAACCAGGACCCGGACUCUAUCCUCUUCAACUGAAGGCAGACCGGCCGGGGCUGCGCGUUCAGCCCCCGGGAGGCGUAACAGGCCAUCCCGGAUGUACUUCCCUCUUUUUACUGAGACCGUGGAACUGUUUCCAGCGUUUCC